AUGGGGUUCGGUAUUCUCGAAAAGUUCCACCCAAACGCUGGGCUGCGGCAAUAUGCUCGGUCACGAACCUUCGCUGGCACCUCUAAACCUCAUAGCCUCUAUAUAUGUGGAUUCCGCCGCAAAAACUUUUACAAAUUAAUGGCCCUUCUGUUCUUGGUUGUAUUGGGCAUCGCUCUAGGCAUCGGAAUCGGUGUUUCAAAACGAGUUAGACGUAUUCGCGCUCAAAGAAAUGGAGUCGUCGGUGCCAAUGGGUCUCGACCGGGUAUCACUCUUGCCGGAGGCAAGAUCUUUGUCCCUACUACCACUCGCACCAUUACAGAAAUUACUCGAGUCGGUGAUCGAGUUUUUACUAUUCAAUACGAGCAGCCGGAAGGUAUCACGUAUCAGCUCUCGAGAGGCUCUAUUAUACCUGCCACUUCUUAUUUACCUCUGAGUACUGUUGGUCCGGCAACUUUUACAUUCGGUCGUGUCAUUACUACAGUCGAGGGAGGAACCACGUCGGUUACCGGUGGGACUACGUCCGUCGUUAGUCCUACGGCUACUGUAACUUCGCGCGGGCGAGUAGUCACUCUGGGUUCUUUGACAACUGUCGUUGGGGCUUCAACAAGGAUUUCUGGCGGGAGUACUCGUACAACUUAUACGAGUGUUCCGUAUACAGUCACAAAUACGGCUUCGUCUGGUGCUCCAAGUUCCUCUGUGAGAGUGUUAAUCUAUAACGACCCCGGUGGAGGUGUAAUUGUUGUUCCGGCUGAGCAAAGUUCAUCUUCUCGGAGAAUCAUUACUUUAUCCAGUACAUCCUCUACACAAGCAUCCACCUCGUCAAGCUCUGCUAGCGCUGAAAGCAGCCAAGUUGCUAGUUCACGCUCUGAGAGUUCCACUCCGGCAAGCUCACGUUCGUCAGCUCCUGCACCAACAUCAAGCAGUGGAGGCGGUGGGGGAGGCAGGGGCGGAGGCAGCGGACAGACUUACUCUGGUGAUGCAACUUACUAUGACCCAGGGCUGGGUUCCUGUGGGAUUACGAAUUCAGCUUCCGAUCUCAUUGCAGCAAUCGGACAUGCUUUGUUUGAUUCGAUGGCAACUGCCAACAGCAACAACAAUCCGUUCUGCGGACGACAGAUAGUUGUGCGGCCAAAGGGAGGCUUCAGUCGACGCUCCAAUACUGGAACUCUAAGCCGAAGAUGGACUGAACUCAAUGACACUCGCCCUAUAAAUGAUCCUGUUACGACGUUUGCAACAAGAACAAGGACGAGGGCUGGCGUUUUGGAAGCUACAACUUCUUCCAAUAGCACACGGGGCGUGAAAAUCCAUAAUUAUCCAGGCGAAGUUCCUUUGUAG